AUAUUUUAAUGCCUUUCUUAUAAUUAUACAGAAUUUCUUAAUCCUUAAUCCAUCCCUAGGAAUUGGCUUUUUUUAAUCGAAGGUUUUGGGUUUAGAUUAUUGGGUUUACAGUUCAUACUUUGUCAUCAAUACGCGUAUCGUAUCUGAGUUGGUGUCUUCCGUUCUUCUCCUCUGUGUGUUUGCUUAUUUCGCAGUCAGAUCUACAUCUUGUUUUGCGGGGCAAGCAGGCAGACAUUCUCGCGGUUCGUAAUGGUUAGAUCCCAGCUCGGCUACUUCGUUUGUGAUGAGUGCAGAUCAAGUUGGCUGAAGUUGAUUUGAAGCCAGUUUCAUUUUUGUCUUUCUGCUGGUCAAUGUUUACUGUGCAGAACGAGCUUGCUGAUUUCCUUGAGUAGUGUUUUAUGGUGUCCUCACUUGGGGUUCAAAUAUGCUUGUGACAAAGAGAGCUCACUAAAGUUGAGAUAUUGUUCUGAGGGAAAGGUAUUUUUGGCCUAAAUAUGGCGUCUGGUGGAGGGAGGCAUCGCCAUCAUAAUCUUGUGCCUCUUGCUGCAUUAAUAAGUAGGGAGAUUAAGAAUGAGAGGAUGGAGAAGCCCACUCUGAGGUAUGGACAUGCUGCUCAGUCUAAGAAAGGGGAGGAUUACUUUCUAAUAAAGGCCGAUUGUCAGCAAAUACCUGGAAAUUCUUCCUCAGCAUUUUCUGUAUUUGCGAUCUUUGAUGGUCACAACGGAAAUGCUGCAGCAAUUUUUAGCAGGGAAAAUCUGUUAAAUCACAUUUUGGGUGCUCUUCCUCGAGGAAUCGGAAGAGAGGAGUGGCUUCAGGCAUUACCUCGGGCAUUGGUUGCUGGGUUUGUGAAGACUGACAAGGAGUUUCAGAGCAGAGGAGAAACUUCUGGUACUACGGCCACAUUUGUGAUAGUUGAUAGAUGGACUGUGACAGUUGCAUCAGUUGGAGAUUCCCGCUGUAUACUAGACACACAGGGUGGCCCUGUUACUAACUUAACUGUUGAUCACAGGCUUGAAGAGAAUAUUGAAGAGAGAGAACGUGUUACUGCAAGUGGAGGCGAAGUUGGAAGACUUAGUAUUUAUGGUGGUGCUGAGAUUGGUCCCCUUCGUUGUUGGCCAGGGGGUCUGUGCCUUUCUAGGUCAAUUGGAGACGUGGAUGUGGGGGAGUUUAUAGUUCCAAUACCAUAUGUCAAACAAGUGAAGCUGUCAAAUGCUGGUGGGAGGCUCAUAAUUGCUUCAGAUGGCAUCUGGGAUGCUCUGUCCUCAGAAAUGGCUGCAAAAUCUUGUCGGGGUUUGCCUGCUGAACUUGCUGCUAGGCAGGUUGUGAAGGAAGCAUUAAGGACAAGAGGUCUAAAGGACGAUACAACUUGCAUAGUAGUUGACAUAAUUCCUCCUGAUAAUGCAUUGCCACCGCCUCCUCCCCCCAAAAAGCAGAAUAAAUUGAGAGCUUUACUGUUCAGGAAGAAAUCCAGUGAUUCCACUAGUAAGCUGUCAAAGAAGCUUUCAGCUGUUAAUAUAGUAGAGGAACUGUUUGAAGAAGGAUCAGCCAUGCUUGCUGAAAGAUUAGGGAAUGAUGGGAAUUCAGGGGAAUCAACCUCUGGGAUUUUUGUGUGCGCAGUGUGCCAGAUAGAUCUUGCUUCAAGUGAAGGCAUAUCUGUUCAUGCUGGCUCCAUUUUCUCUACCACCUCUAAGCCUUGGCAAGGCCCUUUUCUUUGUGCUGAUUGUCGCAACAAGAAGGACGCCAUGGAAGGCAAGCGUCCUAGUGGAAUUAGAGUCUCGUAGUUUUUCUUCCCCUAUUCACUCUCAUUUGCCCCCUGUUUCUUCUUAUAGUCAUGAUUUUUAUAGGUCAAAUAAUUGCUUAGAUCCCACCAUAAAGCAGUGACAGAUGUAUAUGCAAUAUUCUCAAGUUCUAACAAAAUGGGCAUCACUUUUAAUUUGUAAA